AGCGCGCUUGCAGCCAGCUGCAAUUGGGACCCGAACAUGUCCGGGCGUGAUUCCGAAUUGGAAGAAGCUGAACCCGCGUCCGGCUUCUCUGAUCUGAGCGACUCUGAAUUCUUGCAAAUCGAGGAGCCCGAGGACGGAGAUUCCGAAAAGCCCAGCUGUUCCCACAAUCGGCAUCUGGAACCUGUAGAGAAAGCUCUGGAGACAGCCAAAAGAAAGAGAGCUCAGACGCCGCUCGAAACGUUCCGCCUGCUCUACCUCUGCAUCACGGAUGUCUCUGCUCAAGUUUGGUGUGAGCAACAAAUGGUUUAUAAGAGGGAGCGUCCGGAUCUACUGCCGCUGGAGAACACUGUGCAACUGAACACCGGGAAGAGCAUUCACCUUGCCAGAGAGCUGGAAUACCAUGACCUGGUGUCAGUCUGUACCACCAGCCGAGAAGAUUCCUGGGCGAUAAAACUGCUUAAUCUUCUGGCUAUGAUCCCUGUCCUACAAGCAGGUCGGCGUGUAAGGGAGUUUCCAGUGUUUGGGGUGUUAGAGGGCGUGUUUGUGGUGGGGGUCAUUGACCAGCUGGGUUAUACGGCGAAAGGAGAACUGGAGCUGAGUGAACUCAAGACCCGGCAUGAGGCCUUCCUGCCUUCGGCUGCUCAGAAGAAACGGGAUCGCUUCCAGGUCUUUUUGUAUAAGUGUAUAUUUGAUGCUAUGGUGCAAGGACAUCUGACUUGGGACAUUUUCAUCCAGCACCUCCACCUGAGGCCCGAGCAGGUUCUUGGCCCCCAAGUUCAAGAGCAGGCCCGAAAUGCAGGUUUCACAGCGAGCUGCUUCCAGGACCUCCUUGAGUUGGCGUUUCUCAACUUGACGCUCUUGGACAUUCCUGUCAUCGACCGGCUGCAAAUUGAGUACAUUCACCAGGGGACCAAUGCGCCACUCGGCACGGAAGUUUUGGCCUAUGACGACGAUGCCGUGAGAGCCACGGUGCGGGAUUUCUUAGCUUAUUGGAAAGGGCAGAGGGACCCCAAAGGGGUGGAUGUUGAGGACGCUUGGAAGUGCCGCUAUUGUGCCUACGCCAGCGUCUGUGACUGGCGGUUGGGCAGGGCGGGCAGCCCAACAGUAAAAAGUAGGCCGAAGAAGUCCAGAUGAAAUUGGGCCCGACCAAGCCAUUGGAGUACUUUGCAGCGACUUACCAUAAUCUCCAAACACCUGUAGGACCUCGCCAUCCUUUUGCCAUGACGGCAGAAAGAUUUCAACCCUUCACAUCCUUGGUUUUGAAGGGAGGGGGCCUCUCUUCUCCUCCCCAAAUCCGAAGCGUUAAUACCCUGAGCGCAAACUGAAGGCCCGAUCCUAAGCUUUGCACAGGAUUCUGUUUUGCAGGUCAGGAAAUACUUCGUAUGCGUCACGUGAGCGAAACAGGCGGCACCAACUUCCAGGGGCUCUCACUUUUAUUUGGGAGCCGUAAGCUGUGCUGUUGAAAGAAAGGGGAGCAUCAGGGGCGAGGGGGAAUAAAGAUUUAAUGGCCCGAGACAUUUUGGAAAUAUCUUCCUGGAUGCAUAGUUGACUUGGAUGCAUAGUUCUGAAGUCCUCAGGGAGGUCACAGAGUCCUGUUAAGGUUGUAGCGUUGUGCAUCGAAGUACCCCUCAAGAAGAAAUCUUUGAAAUGUAUUGGGCCAUUAAAUUCCUGUGUAUUUUUGGAUACUCUCUGUCCCCCCGCCCACUCUGGUGAUCGGAUGCCGGUGCCUUCACAAGCUGAGCCUGCAAGGGGU